AAACAGCUUAGUAUGUUUGACGAGACUCUAGUACUAGAAAUUGUCGUACCAUUUGACUGUUCAUGGCAUAAAAGUAAAAAUGCAAGUCUUGCUGUCUCGCUCGCUCGCUCAAGGCUCGUUCGGUGACGUUGCAAUAAACCAAUAUGGCGUCGGACGAAGAUUCGAGUUCACGCUGUAUGUUGAAUUCAUUUGAGAAUGACGGUAGUUUUAUGGAAGUUUAUAAACAGAAAUUGAAACAGCAAGAAGAAGACGCUAGUAAAAAGCAAGAGCCUCCUCGUAAAAUUGAAUCAGACAAGCGAAAAACAGCCAAUUUAUUGUUACAGGGAAAGCGAAAAAUCCCUGUAGGAAGAAUGCCAGGAUGUUCGAAACAACUGAAUGCGAAGAAGAAAAAACAAGAAAAAGAUAAAAAAAAGGAAGAUGAAAACCCAGAAGAACAAACUGAUGAAAAAUCAAACGCAUGGAAAGCUUACAUGGAAGAAGUCAAAAAAUACAAAGAAAUGUCAUGUACAGAUGAUUCAGAACGAAAUAGACCAUUAGUAAAAUGAUGUUAUUUUCAUUAUAUGAAAAGCAAGUUAAUUGUAAUGUCAAGUUGUGAUUUUUUGACAAACUUCACUCUGUAAUUUCUAUUAUAUUAUGUAAACUAGUAUAGAACUUUCUACUGAAAAAUAGAAUGUUAUGGUAUCAUGGAGUUUUUGUUGGAGAACUCUGUUGACACAGAAUAAGGUGGUACAGAAUAGCAAGAAAAAUGGAUCUACUGUUUAUUGAAACAAUGAUUUGUAUUUAUGUAUUGCCUAAUACAGACACCAAAGUAGUAUUGAAUCGAAA